AUGAAGAAGCAAAACUUUGAGAAUUAUAAGCUAGACCUUGCUAACAACAAGAAAUUCAGCAGCAUUACAGAGUUUGAAUUCAUAAAAGAUCCUAAAAAAAAUAAGACAUAAUUAGGAGUUGGCAGUUUUGGUGAGGUUAAGUUAGCAAUUCAUAAAAAAAGUGGAACUAAAUUCGCAAUAAAAAUUAUGAAUUUAAAGAACAUGAAUAGCUUUUAGGAAAUAUAAGGGAUAGAAAGAGAAGUAAGAGUGCACAGUCUUUUAAAGCACCCAAAUAUCAUUGAAUAUCAUGAUAGUUUUUAAGAAAAUGAAUUUGUUUUUAUAGUGCUAGAUUAUGCAAGCAAUGGAAAUCUAUACUCAUUGCUUUACAAAAAAAGGAGCUUUAGUGAAAAAGAAGCUUAUAAAUAUUUUUCUUAAACAUGUGAAGCAAUUAAAUACUUGCAUUCAAUAAACAUCGUACAUAGAGAUUUGAAGCCUGAAAACAUUUUAUUAGAUGAUGAGUUCAACAUUAAAGUUUGCGAUUUUGGAUGGUGCACUGAAGACAUAGAAAACCCAAGAAAUACAUUUUGUGGAACUUAUGAAUAUAUGGCUCCAGAAAUUGUUUUCAGAUAGCCUUAUGAUUAUAGAAUUGAUAUUUGGGCUCUUGGAGUACUAAUUUAUGAGCUAUUGCAUGGUUGCGCUCCAUUUAAAGGAAAAACAUUUAAGGAAAUUCAAAGAAAAAUAGAAAAGGGUGAUGUUUAGUUUUCAGAUUAAAUUAGUGAUCUAUCUAAAUAGUUAAUAUGCAAAGUACUCCAAGCAAAUCCUUCUAGAAGAAUCUCUAUUGAGGAUAUUAUGUCUCAUGCCUGGAUGCAUAAGAUGAGAGUAAUUGAAAAAGAUGAAAGAAGGUUAAUUGAUUAAAGUAAAUCAACAACGAAUUUAUCAAAACCUCAAAUCACAGUAAAUAACGCUUAAAAUACUCCUAAGGUUGAAGAAAAUGAUCAGCCUAAAACUAAGGAAAUGCAGUAAAUAUAAAAAAAACCAGAUAACCGCAGUCAAAGCCCUAUUAACAUAAAUCAAAAAUCUAGUAACAAAAAUUUGUUGAACAAUAAUGAAACUAAGAUAAAUGAAAAAGAAAAUAUUUCUCAGAUUCCCUAUAACUCUAUUUGCAAUGCAGAAUUAUCUGAUAAAAAGAAAAAUAAUACACCAAAUAAAACUACUGCUGCUAUACCAAAAAAAGAAAAUGAAAAUAUGUCAAAUUAGAAAAAGCUUUUCUCUAAUUAAAAAUAGACUGCUCAGAGCAUAGAAUUCCAUAAAACUAUCAUGACUGAACCUCAAUCUGAAUUUUAAUUGUAUUAAAAGGAUGCUUAGUCUGCUUAAAAAAUAUUUUAGCAAAGCGAAUUUAAUUAAAUGGAUAAAUAAACUGAAUAGUUCCCUCUUUAACAGUAACAAUUAGAACUAAAAAAGACAAGAAAUGUAAAAAGCACUACACCUACUCAUUUAUCUUCUCAGUAGAGUGCUGAGAACAUGUUUAAGAAUCUCGACUAAAAGGAAGUUAAUCAAAUAAAUUCUAUAGCUAAGAGGUAACAAGAAUAAAUGAAAUUAGCUAAUAAUUACCUAACAUAACAAACACAUCAAUAAUAAAACGAAGCAUAAGAAUUAAAGAUGAAUGUAAAUACAGAAACUGCUUAUAGCAAGGAAAUAGAUGAAAAUUCGAUAAAAAAUUCUUAAAAAACAAUCAACACAUCUCGUUUUAUAAAUAAGCAUGGGAGUAUUCAUGGUAAUAGCCUCCACUAGCCAUAAUCAAGUAUAACUAGCAGCAUAUAAAGUGGUUAAAAUUCUAAUUAUUUUAUGCCUUCUAAGGGAAUUAACAUUUCUUAGAUGCUUUAACAAAAUAAUUUUUUCAACUAAACUGAUGAAAUUAAAUUUUAAUUAGAAGCUUAGCACAAUAGCUAAAGCUGUACUAAAACAGAAGGUAACUAGUAUAUAUAAAACAGGAACAAUAAUCCAAAUACAUCUAUAACUUAAGAAGAGCCUUGCUUUUCUCUUUUCGGCUGUCUUGGACCUUCCCACGUUUCUACAACUCAAAGAAACAGAGAUAAUAGCUCAUCUAACUAGAAGCUUUAAAUUAAAAAUCUAUUCAGCAAUUAAACUCAUUCUCAUAAUCAAUCAACUAACUCAGCUUACUCUACAUUUACUAAUCAAGCCGAAAAUCGUCCAAGAAUCAAUAGUACUAAUAUGGUAUCUAAUCAUAGCUUCUUAAAGCAAUAAUCUGUAAGCCCUAUAAAUUAUUAAUCUUCAGUAUCUACAUCAUAAUAAUAUGGAACUGCUAAUUAAAAUCAAGCAGAUAAAAAUACUUUUUCAACUUAACGCUCAUCGAAUUCCUUGACAAAUAAAGUUACAAACUAUUCUUUCUUAAAUUAACAACAAAAUAAUAACGGUAGCUUUUCAAAUAAUGCUAAAAUUAGUGGUAGCUAUCUCUAAUAAAUGUAGUAAUAGCAGUCUAAAUAGCCUUUAGGAGAUAAAACUAAUUUACCAGUCUCAGCAAUUCCUACAAAAUAAAUUAAUUUACAAGAUGAAAGGAAAAAUAUCCAAAAACAAUAGUCUGGAAUUAACAGCAGUAGUGGAAAAUAGGAUACUUAGUAAUCAUAAUUAUCUUCUGCCAGUAAAAAUAAUAACAGUUAUCUCUAAAACCAGUACUUUAAUAAAGAGCGUUCUCUAACUUAAGAUUGUUAAACCCUUUAAAAUCAAUUUUGCCAAGGUUAAAAUAACUAAAAUAAUCAAAGCUUUUUGUCAAAUUAAAUUAAGAUCAACUAACAAAUUUCAUCAAAUAACAGCAACAGCAUUUCAUAUUCUAAUAGUAAGUUAGAAAAAUCUCAAGGAAUGUCUAUAAACGACGUUAGUCGUAGUAAUAGAACUGGCCAAAGAUCACGUACAUUGAUAUUUGAGGAGAUAAAUACAGAAAAAACAAAAAGUGUGAUUGAAUCAAUGGAACAAAUGCUUUCUUUUGUAAGAAACGCUCUUCCAUUUGUUUCUUCUUCAUCUUCAUGUUAAAAUGAAUAUAAUAAUAAUCAAAUCAAUGUAAAUUUAUCAAAUAAUUAAAACCCAUUUGCCAACUUCUAAGAUAUUUAUAAUCAAAACGAUAUUAGCUGCAAUGCAAACAUUAGCAUUCUAUAAAACACAUCUAUUUAAAAAAUGAGCUCACAAGAUUCUUCUACUACUCCCACAAAUGGUAAUUAAAGUAAAUAAUCCGCAAGUUCUAAACAAAUAAUUAACAUAAAUAAUCUUAAAUCCUAGCGCAUAGAAUAAUAAUCAAAUACUAAUGAUUAAUAAUUCAGACAACAACAGUAAAAAAGUAAUAGCAAUAAUAAUACAAACUGCAAUUUCAAUAAUAAUAUAAAUUACAAUUAAAAUAGAGGUAAAUAAAAAAUAUUUGAAAGCAAACAUGUCAAUAAUUCUUCUUCUUUUCACUCAAACCAUACCCCUAUGUAAUCUAUUUCCAACUUAAAUAAUGUUGGUGUUAAUAAUUACUUCACAUAAAAGCCCUCUCCAAUCUAAAGCUAGUAAAAUAUGCCUUCAAAUACACAAUUAAGCAAACACUAAUCAUAAAAUUAAAAUGAUUAUCAUCCUUCCAAUAACAAAUUUGCUCCAAACCAAAAUAGCCUCAACAAUAACAACAAUUAAGCUUGUUUAUAUUUUUAAUGA